AUGUUCAUUAAAAAAUUAUUUUUAUCAUUUUUUCUUUUUCUAAUUUUUACUCCUUCAAUAAAUCAAGCAUCUUAUUGUGGUCAAUCAGCUAUUCCUUUUAGUCUUGAAAUUAAAGAAAAUUCCCAGCCAAUUUUGGGCUGUGCAAGGCCUUCUUGUUUUGGAUUGUCUUCAAAUAAACAAAAAUUAGAUUCCAAUCCAGCACAGUUUUUUAAAAUUUGGGGACACCCAGAUGGAUUUAUUAAAUCAGUUUCUUCAAUUAAUGAAGUUAAAAAAACUUCUUUUAAUGAAAUUUCGGUAAUUUAUUUUUUAAUUUAA